AUGUCGUAUUUGACUAAGGAUCAACUUGGUCUAAGUACAAAGUCGAAACCGACAUUAGGCUCAGAAUCAAAAAAUUUAACUUCUAUAAAUGUACCGCCUAAUAGCCCGUUGAGCCCAACUACGCCUUCUAGUUCACUUCCAGAAGAGCGAAAGAUUAGUGUGGUACGCGGUCCGCGGUCACCACCGCCAUCGAAAAGUAUCAGUUUGAUCAAUUCACAAAUUAAUAGUAAUAAUGAAAAUUCAGUAGAAUCAUCCCAAACUAUUAAAACAACAAAUAUAAUUCCUGAGUUAACCCAAGAACCAUCCACACAAACAUCUUCAAUUACGCCAUCUGUAGCAUCAUCUCAUACUAAUGAAAUUGAAAAAAAGACGCAAUAUAAAAAUCUCGAUGAUAUCGUAAAUGAUCUUUCAUAUCCACUUGAAACUAAACUUUCCUUAAAACCUGAUAAUAAUUCAUCGGUUAAUCCAGUAGAAGACGUUAAUACAAAAAAAACAAUUCCAACCACUAAUAUUUCUAAUAAUAAAGAUACUCCUUCAAAUGGGGGUUACGUUUUCUCCGCAGCGUUAAAAUCAAAUAGUAAAUCGGAUUCUUCCACGCUAUCUAAUGAGUCUCCAAUUACCACUAAUAAGCCUUCAGUUACAGCAUCAGAAAACAAUGUACCUAUAACUCAAGAACGACGGAAUAGUCGACCCCUGUUAACUUCUUCGUUAGAUUGUGCCGGAUGUGGAAAAACAAUUGCUGGUAAGGUAUUAACAGCGAUGGGAAAGAAGUGGCACCCGGAACAUUUCAGUUGUAAGCACUGUGGGAUUACCUUAGAAUAUGUUGCAUUCUUUGAAAAGGAUGGUUACCCUUAUUGUCAUUUGGAUUAUCACGAGUUGUUUAGUCCAAAAUGUGGACAUUGUGGUAAUACUAUCGAAGGGCCUUUCAUCACGGCUCUUGGAAAAUCCUGGCAUCAAGGACACUUCUUUUGUCGUGAGUGUGGUAAUCCAUUCGAAUCUGGUGGGUUUAUGGUUAAUGAUGGAUUCCCUUAUUGUGAAAAAGAUUGGAUUAAAAAGUUUGCACCGAAAUGCAAAGGAUGUCAAGAACCUAUCAGAGGUGAAUUUAUGAGUGCUCUGGAUGGAAUGUGGCACCGUGAAUGUUUCGUUUGCAAGGCAUGUAAAACGCCUUUUAAUAGUUCAUAUUAUUAUAUCCAUGAAGGAAACCCUUAUUGUGAUACACACUAUCGAGAAAGGCUCUCUAAUUAA